AUGCACGGAAAUACUUUAGUUGCAAUGGCACAAGCUAUUGAAGACUCGGAUAUAAUUCUCUUCUGUGUAACCGAAAAGUAUAGUCAAUCACUUAAUUGUCAAAAAGAAGCUGAAUAUGCAUUUGUUCAACAAAAGAUUAUGAUUCCAUUACUUUUACAAUCGAAUUAUAAACCGACAGGUUGGUUAGGACUUCUCAUGGGUACCAGUCUAUAUAUUGACUUUACCAAGAAUGACUUUACUCAGAAUUAUUCAAAGCUGAUACAUGAAAUUGCAGCAAAUGCAAUGCGUAUAACUAGCAAUAAAAAUGAUGUUCCGAGAUUAACAUCAAAUUCAACUACGAAUAAUGAAAAAACCCACAGAGAAACUGAUAGUCCUCGACCGCAAUUGACGACGGCAAAGACAGAGUUGACUAAUGGACGUAAUAAAUUAAUUCAAGAUCAUGGUGGUUUAGCUAUUGUACAAUCAACAAUUGUACGAUGGGUAUCAUUAAUUUCACUUCUUGAAUCAAUACCACAAUCGUAUAAACAAGUAAAGAAGGUGUUAGUCGAGAGAAAAAAAUCAUUUGUAUUGGAUAAAAUGAUCAUUUCUCAACUUAUUCAUCUUUUAAAACCAUUUAAACAAGUCUUGGUUAUCAUUCAAAAAGGAAAAACACCUUCUCUUCAUUUAGUUACAAUUGUUAUUUUAACAUUUCGUCGAGCAUUAGAGUCAUAUUCAUCAUUGAUUGAAUAUAAUAAAAAUUAUGAAAUUGAUCAAUCAAGUGAAGAUUUAAGUGAAAAUGAAGAUGAAUAUGUUGAAGACGAAGGUUCAUGCUAUGUUUAA